AUCUACCUUGUAGCAGGUGUCCCAGCUGUAUAGGCAAGUGCAAAUAACUUCCUGGUUGUCCAACAUGGCGGGUGUGUGGAUAUUAGCGGUCUUCGUGGUCACGUCGGCUUGCUGGAUGCAGUUUACAGUUGGGACCUGUCCAGCAGGGAAGUUUGGAGAUUCGUGUAACUACAGCUGCCACUGUGGACACUCAUGUAACAAGACAACUGGAGUUUGUGGAGGUGGCUGUGAUAGAGGCUGGGUGGGAGGACAUAGGGGAACCUGUCAAAAAGAAAACAUUGCCUACAAGAAACGUGCCACCACAUCUUCUGGGAUCUAUAGGUCUGCCUGGUCUGCAGACAAAGCUGUAGAUGGGAACCGGGACCAGGAUGUGUUACACAACUCCUGCUACCACUCUGUUAGCCCUCCAAGUGUGUGGACAGUGGACCUGGGACAGCAGUACAGGAUACACGACGUCAGGAUAUACAACCGGCAUUUAUAUGUUUACUUAAUCCGAUCCGCUGUCCUCUCUCUGAGUAACUCCAGCAACUCCACACUUGGCGUACCAUGCUACACCUUCCCCAACAACACUGCAACAGGCAACUCUGUGUACGAAGUCAUCUGUGAUGGAAGGGGACGAUACUUCACCAUCACACACAACACAAACUAUCUAAAUCUCUGUGAGGUUGAGAUUUAUGUCUGCAGUCAAGGAUCCUUUGGUACAGACUGCAGCCAUUUCUGCCAUUGUUCUGAUGGACCCUGUGACGGAGUCAGUGGGAUCUGUGCCGGUGACUGUAGGCCAGGGUGGCGGGGACAAAACUGUUCUAUAGAGUGUGAUCAAGAUCAUUACGGAGUCAACUGUAACGACCUGUGUGGCAACAGGAACUGUGCUGCUGAUACAUCGUCAUGUGACCGGCAUACUGGGUCAUGUGACACCGGGUGUCUCCCUGGAUGGACUGCAGUGGACUGUACACAAGAAUGUUCUGAAACCUAUGGACAAAAUUGCAGCAAACAAUGCAGUGACAGGAACUGCGCAGAACACUCGCCAUGUGAUCAUGUGACAGGAUCAUGUGUGCCCGGAUGUAAAGCAGGAUGGAUGAGAAUAGACUGCAUUUUGUUUGUAAACAUUGUAAUGAUAAUUUUACAUUUAUUCAUGUUGAAGCUUGCGAGUCCCAUCUGUAUGGUCCGAAUUGUGCCGAGACCUGCGCUUCCAGACACUGUAAGGGGAACUCAUCCUGUAACUCAACGGGGGGAUUGUGACACUGGGUGUGAGACAGGAUGGACAGAGACUGACUGCACAGCUUGCGACAGUCAACAUUAUGGACCAAACUGCACCAAGAACUGCACCUCCAGACACUGUGCGAGCAAUUCAUCCUGUAACUUCAAAGGGAACUGUGACAGCGGUUGUCAGACAGGGUGGAUAGAGUCAGACUGUACAGUGUUUCAAGAGGCCGUGUCAUCUGAUUCCCCUGUCUCUGUGGCAACAUAUGCUGGAGUGGUGGGUGUUGUGCUGGUUGGCCUUGUGCUGGUUCUCAUCUUUGUCUUCAUCAGACGAAGGAAUCUCUCGAAAAAGAAGCAUGGCGAUGCCGAACUCGUCUCGAAGGCUGAGCAGAGCUCUCAAGAUGAAGGCAAUGUCUACAUGAAUGUUGGAAAUGAUGGAGAGAAGCAGUCCACAGCUUCAAAGAAGAAGCUAAUACAGGUUCAACCUGAAACUCCACCUGAGAAGGAGGAGAAUAGGCCUAUGAAGCAGGAAGAGGAGGGGGAACCGGGAGAGAAGGGGAAGGAGGGGGAGCCAAUACACGAAGAGGAGAAGAAAGAGGACACGGAAGAAGAGGAACUGGAGGAGAACUUUGACUCAACAACACAACGAGAGGAAGCAGCGGAAGUCCCUGACAGAAACUACUACAACCUAGAGGAGGCUGGCAUUGGUCGCCUGAUCCCUGUUUCUACAUUACAAGCAAGAGCUCGAGAAUUUGAAGAAACACCUGGACUUGCAGAAGAUGAAUUUAAGCGUCUACCUGAUGGCUUCAUUCAUCCUUACGUGGAAUCACAGAUGCCAAAGAACAGCGGGAAGAACAGAUUCAAAGGAUAUUACCCAUAUGACUACAACCGUGUUUUGCUACAGGAUGGCGAUGGUGGGGGAGAUUACAUCAACGCCAGCUACGUGGAUGGCUACACGAAGGACAAGCGCUAUAUAGCAGCACAAGGUCCCUACAACAAUCAAGUGGUUGUCGACUUCUGGAGAAUGAUCUGGGAGAAGGAAUGCAGAACUGUUGUCAUGGUAACCGGGCUCGUUGAGGCGGGCAAGGUGAAGUGUCUUCGAUACUGGCCUGAGAAAAGCACCAAAAAAUAUGGAGAUGUUAUGGUUACAAUGGUAUCGGAUACACGGCUAUCGAACUACACAUUUACAAACCUGUCUGUCGAGAAUGCAAAGGAAAGGAAGAAAUGGGACGUCAAUCACCUCCACUUCACCAGCUGGCCAGACCAUGGUGUGCCGGACGCUGCUGCCCUGCUGGACUUCAUGUGGAGGGUCAAGGUCAUAUCUGGACAACAAACUCAGCCGAUCAUAGUCCACUGCAGUGCUGGAAUAGGGAGAACAGGAACAUACAUCGCAGUCGAGAAUCUCGUGGAGCAGGCAAAGGCAGCGGACGUUGUGGACGUCGUCAGCUUCGUCUCCAACAUGAGAGGGCAAAGGAAGAACAUGAUACAGACAAAGGAGCAGUACAUGUUCGUGUACCAGGCGGUGGCGAGGGCGGUGACAGACGGUGACACGUCAGUGGACGUUGACGUCAUCAGACAGAUGGACCUUGGCUGCGUGUCUGAUAUCACCUUUGGGAACAGGACUGUGCGACAACAUCUGGAGUCGUUGAGGAAUGUACAGCAAGGAAACCCAGAGAGCUUCGGCGUCAGAAGCGUUCACUCUUACACAAAGAGCAAUGGCUUCUUCAUAAUGACGUCACAUCCGGACAAAGAGGACGUGUGGAAUCAGGUUUACAACAGUGACUCACACAGCCUGAUAACAUUUGCUGUCGGUGAUCUGAGAUAUCUACCAUCCGUUGAUCAUCCCAUUACAACCAAGAGCUUUGCAGUGAGCAUGCGCAGGUCAGCAGCCUUGUCCAAUGGCAUUCUGAUGAAUACAAUUGACAUCAAUUUACUGGACUGUGACGAUACCACCUGCAUACAGCACUAUCACAUCGCAGGAAGUGUACGGGACCCGAAUAUCAACUUGAUGAUUGACAGUUUCCUUACAUGGACCAGUGAUCCACAGCGAAGUUCCAGCACUAUUAUCUCUGAUUCUUUGACUGACUGUCGUCUUCUGGUGCUCGUGGUGAACAUUGCCAGCAGACUGCAAGACGACGGUAGAGUGGACGUCAUCAACAACAUGCGACAGCUCUACACACGUCUUGGAGGUCCGCCAUAUACUGAGAGUCCCAGGAUUAUCGUUAUCCUGAGUAAUGACUGGCAAAACAUACGUCAGUUCUGGAAUACAAUCUCCUUCACACGCUUAUGAAAGCUGACGUUUCGUUCUGUCUAGAGUCUGUCCAGCGGCUGCUGGAGUCAAGCAAUGUUUACGUCAACUUCUGACAGCUUCCAGAAGGAAACAACACAUUAUAUGACAUUACAAUUCCACCCCGACAUACAUG